AUGCCGCCUUCAUUGCGACAUCCACCUCCCCGCCCAGCCCGCCCCAUAGACAGUGAAGACCUUUCCGAAGAGGAGGGCCUUGAGAGAUCCGCCAUGUUCCAGGGUGACGAAUUCGACAUGCUGGGCUUUGCAGCAUCUCCAGAAGGCGAUGCCGUGGCAGAUUCGGCCAAGAGCUAUGCGGAAUGGUUUCAGACGAAAGCCGUGAGAAGACUGAGGCGGUUGGAAUCCCGAAGAGAGAAGCUUCCGGCAUCGGGCGACUGGAGCAGCCUACCGAAGAACACGCUCAAGGCGUUGUUGCGAAAGGGUGUGCCCCACGAGCACCGGCCAGAGCUUUGGUGGAGCAUCCUUGGCUGUGAAGCGGAGCGCCUUCGAUCGCCAGUGUCCUUCCAGCAGUAUCUUGAAGAGCCCGUGGACAGCGCCACUGCCGAGACCAUCGAGCGCGACUUGCUGUGCACAAGCCUUGUUGUGGCACAUGCGACCUUCCCCGGACGUUUCCUAACCAUCAAAAAUUCCGUUGCGCGGCAGGCACAGAGUCGGGCUGACUUGUUCCGAGUCCCUUUUUCCGGUUCGCCAGUGGCAUUUCUUGUCUUGUCCACGAUCGCAUGUCACCUGGCCACAGGCAGGGCAGAGCUUCGAAACGUGCUGCGGGCAUUUUCCCGGCGCUGUCCAGCCGUGCGUCAACAGCCAUUGACUAACCAAGUCCAAGGUCAAGGAAUGAACUUCAUCGCCGCCCUCCUCUUGAUAGUCUCGCAAGAUGAAGAGCGCGCCUUUUGGAUGUUUGUUUGUGCUUUCGACGCACUUGGCGUGGAAGGCUAUUACACGGAAGGAAUGACACUCCUGCGCGCUGACAUGCAGGUGUUAGCUUCCUGCAUGCAGGCCAAGUGCGCCAAGGUUUCCAGGACUUUGAAUCAAUUUAACGUGGAUCUCCUCUCCAUCUCUUCCGAGUGGUACAUCACAUGGUUCGCAAAAAGCUUGCCUGUGUCGACGGUUCUGCGAGUAUGGGACACGCUUUUUUUCGAGGGCUUCAAGGUUCUCUUCCGCGUGUCCAUCGGCAUUUUCAAGCAGAUCGAGCAGGAUGUGCUCAAGAGCGACGGCUUUGAUGCCAUCAUGCAACAGGCCAAGCGCUGGCCAAGGAGCCUCGUUGAGCACAACGAGCUCAUGAAGGCCAGCUUCCAGGGACUGCCCUCUUUCCCUAGGCAUCAGCUGCAAAAGGCCAGGGAGGAAGCCCUGGGCCGGAUUGAGAAGGAGGAUUUGGAGCGGUGGAUCACGCAAGCUUUGGUGGGCCUGCGACAUAUACACAGCAUGAACAUCUUGCACCGAGACCUCAAAAGUGAAAAUCUCUUUCUCGAGAACGAGGAUCGACUUCGCAUUGGAGACUUUGGAAUUGCUUGCGCAGUCAAGCCACCCAACAAGGCUGUGCUGGAAAGCAACGUGGUCGGAACCCCCUACUACAUGAGCCCCGAGACAUGCUCCAUGGGACUUCACUCGUUCGCCGGGGAUGUGUGGGCCAUGGGCUGCGUGCUCUACGAGCUGUCAGCCCUAAAGCUGCCAUACCAUGGUGACACUCUGGAUGAGCUCAUGGCUGAGAUCACGAGGAAAGCUGCCCCACGGUUUCCGAUCACGUAUUCGGCCGAGCUGGCCAAGGUCUAUGCAGCCGUCUUGUCGCACAAUCGGAACAAGAGGCCCUCAGCGAGCGACGUCCUGUUCAUGCAGCCUUUGCACCAGACCCUCGAAUCCCUGCUCGAGGAGUCGGAGAAGGCGAAGAUUUCGCGGCCAUCAUCAGCCCCCCCGCGGAAGAGAGCUCCGGAAGCAGCUGCACCUCAGGGUGACACCGCCUACCCGUCCCUUGAGAAAGCUCCGGACGAGGGCAGCCCUGCUCAAUUGCCUGGCACCGUGGCACCGUUUCGAAGGCUCCAGGAGUUGCGGCGCAAUGCCGAUGCACCGUUGCCAGUCCUUUGUGCCGCCGCACCGCCAGAGGAGCCUUUGCCGCCGCUUCGGCCAUCGAGCGCAGGACUGCGCAGCGCCUCAGCCCGGAAAGAUCCCCAGCCACGGACGCAGGUUCGGACACCACGCAUCGCAGGGGACUGCCAGCGGCUGUUGUCCAGGCGCCCGAUGCCUUCGGCCUACGCAGGUGCUGAGGACCUGAACCCCGAGCCUUCACAGGUGACGCAGGAAAGCCGCGGUCCGGCCACCAACACCUUGCUGAAUCGACUCUUGGCUAGAUAUCUGCAUGUGCGGAUUUGGUUGAGGACAGAACGGAAUUUGUUCGAGGUGUUCAUGAUCUUCCUGUUCCCGACGCCAUGCUCACUGGCAUUGUCCAAGAGGAACAAGCCGGGCAACAAAGCAAUGUGCAUUGGCCCAGAGACAGAUGCGCUGAAACGGAUACCGCAUGUGACAAAAGAGGUCUCUCACCUGACUGUUGUCGACUUUCAGCUCUGCACAGCCGUGGCAGGACAGGUGGAAGCGGUGGAAAUUUUUCUUGAUGCUCGUGCGGAGGUAGAGUGGACAGCGGAUGCUGUGGAGCGGGCUUCCAAGGCCACAGGGUCUCCACCUCUUUGGCUCCAGGUUUGGCGGCAGGGCCUGCGAAAGCCCGCGCCCAUUCCAGAUAGAUCUCGUCCACCGUGGCGCCUAGUGGCACAAUCACCGGCCGUGAUCUCUCCUCAUGACCUGGGGAGCACUCUGCAAGUGGACCUGUCGGGUGAGUCCCUGGCAAUGAUUGCAGGUGAUUGCUUCGGAUUUUCCACAGAGGGCUGGCGAGGAUUAGUUCCCUUCGAGGACUUGGCUGAGGCUACAUCGCUUCUUUCAGGCGCAGGUGCCGUGUGGGCCUUCGGCCAACGGCUUGCGAGUUUGGGGGGCUUCGAGGCAGCCUUGGCAACAGGGACAGCUUUGAGACGCUAUGCAGUUCGAGUUUUUCUGGGACCUCGGCGCCCCAUGCCGUUCCGCGUGUUUGGCAAGGAGGCGGCAGAUGCCCAGUUGGUGGACUUCCAAGGUACCGCCUGUACUGGCGACCUCAGCAUUGCCAGCUGCCCCUCACAGGAACCUUCGCGCUUGGAUGGGGCUUCCUCCACGAUCGAUUGGAGAAGAGCGCUGCAGAACCUCUGCAAGUGCACCUCAUCUGAAGCUAUGGUCGGGGAGGCUGCAGCGACAGCAGGGGCAUGCUGCGACCUGGAUCUCUUGGAUCAGGCACUGAGUGCCAUGGGCCACCCGAAAGGCGUGCUAUGCCUGCACGGGGCUUUGGCUGUUCUGGCAUCCUGCUCCGCCCGGCUCUCACUGCGCCAUCGCAGGGCGCGAUUGAGCGAACAUCGUUUGGCCUCGCCAAGCCUUCGGGAUUCUCUGGUACAGCCACGCCUUGUGCACCUGGCCUCACCAGUGAGACUACGCGCAGCUCCGGGAAGCGGAAACGAGGCUCGAUUUGCCCCACACCUUCGCGAGUCAAUUUGGUGGGACGUGCAGGUCGAGUCUAUGUUGAGCGAUGAGCCUGGCAUCACGCGCACCUAUCGCGUGCGUGGCAGUGCUUCCGAUGCAAACUUCGCGCCGUUUCCCUUCGGAAGCCAGGACUUGCUCUGGUGGCGAUCGGAACCCUCGAAGGAUGAGCUGCGCUUGCUGCUGCAGGAGGUGGUCCUGGGUCUGAGCAUGGCCGGUAUCCGCGAUUUUGUGGCCUUUGUCGGCACCGUGUGCCUCAUGGCAGAUGAGUCGCAGCAUGGCGACGGAUUCAAAGGCAGCUGCAAUGCUGCCCCAGUACCAGAUCUGGUGGUGCCCUGGGAGCACCGCGAGGCCACCGCUGCCUACGCGCGGAAUUGGCGCUCAGCAGAGCCGGGAAGGCGACAUCUGGUCUUGCUGCCGGGCCGCUUAGAGUUGGGUCUGCUUCCUGACCCAGGAAUCCUGGCCGUUUGGCCUGACGGCUUCAGCUUUGAGAUCGCAUGUCCGAAUUGCCCCUUCCUGCAGCUCAAGUUUUUCCGGGAGGCGCCAGGUCAUGUCUCUCAGCUUGUCAUCUCCGAUGAAGCUUUCGUCUGCUUGUGGCCCAAGUCACUCUUGAUGCCCCUUCGAUGGACAAGUGAAGAGGAGCUGCGCUUCGGCCACCGGCUCGCCGGAAGGUGGGGGAGUCCUGUCGUGCUCCUCGAGGAUCCGGCGGCCGAAGUCGGGGAGCUGCCGUGGCCCGCCGAACCUCACAGUCUCGUCGAGUAUCGAUCUCCUCGAGAUGCAGAAGCUUGGUGCGACGAAGCGAGACAGGUGUUCCAUGGCGGCCGACAGAGCAUCAGCUUGGCCCCGGAGUUCGACUUGACUCCGGAUGUGUCUUCCAGCUCUGGGUUUUAUGAUCUCUUCGAUCUGCGAAAGUUCUCUACCAAAGAGGGCCUUGCACUGCUUCUGGACAAGACUGCUUUGAAGAAGCGCCUGGUCGAGCUGCAGCUGCCGGCCCUGGUGCCGGUAUUUUCCACCACAACGCCAGAUCUUCCUUGGGAGAAGCUCCGAGAACUUUCGCAGUACGCCAUCAAGGCCGCACACAAACAUCAUGGAGGACUCGGAGUUCUUCUAAUGUCGCACGGAAGGGACCUUCUCACGGGUCGACACAUGGACGAGGCGGAGGUGGUGAGCUGGGCAGCGAAAGCUUUUGAAAAGGAGGAGCAGCCCUCAGCACCUCGCUGCUGGGAUGAGUGUACAAGCACUUCUGAGGAGCAAGGCUUGUGUUCAGGCGAGACUCGCUGCGUCACCAAUGCGCCCGUCGCAGACGACAAUGUGAAGCAAGGCCUUCUCGUGGAAGAGCUUGCCGUAACCUGGGAUGGUCGAAGUGGGCUUCUCCCCGACGAGGCCUUCUGUUUCGUGGCCUGGGGCCGCCUCUCGUUCUUUGGUGUCAUGGCAGCCGGCGGCACGUGGCUGAACUAUUUCGCAAGCGAUGGUACGCCAAUUUUCGCGCGGCCAAUGAAAGCCCAGAAGCACAUCGAGGCGGGGGGUGCCUUCCGCACGGGCUUGCCCUGGGGCCACGAGCUACUUUCAGCCGUGGUCAGCCUGGCAGAAAAAGCCGCACAGGCUUUGGGAGCUGACUUCCUGCGCAUCGACAUAUUUCCCAAUGGUGGGGCUCCCCUCAUCUCCGAGGUGUCGAUCGUGACGGGAUGGUUUGGCCGAGAAAAUCUGAGGUGGGGUGAAGUGGAUGCUUGGUUGCUAGAGACGCUCCGCGAUCAGUGGAUCAGUGGCUAUGCUUUGUCUGCGGACAUCUGA